GGAGGAACCCUUCCCUCAUUCUCCCCUCGGCGGGCCUCUUUUUAUUCAUUCUUGCGCAAUUGUUCUUGUGUCCCAUGGAGGAUGGAUGCACCGAGGACGCAGCAGGUACGCACCACCGGCGCAAACAGAUCUGUUACUAUUUCGAGCCAAUAGCACAUCGGCUGGUGUCCUGGUUGCUGUCAGGGUGGCGGUAAGGCGUUCAGCGGCCUCCGCAAAGGAUUCCUGAGCGGAGGUGUCGGGUCCGAGGAGAAGCGCCACGGCCCUCACACAGGACAGAUCAGAUGCGGGUAGGUGGCUGCAGGCAGCAGGCUGGGCACUGCCAGGUAAGAACAGCUUCUCUCAUUGGCUGCCUGCGGAAUUGGGCACGCAUGAGGCAGGGCGACACGCAAGACGAGGUGAGAAAAGGCAGACGGACAUCUGGCAGAUACAUGAUGCCAUGUCAUGUCUGGUUCGUCUCUCGCUUUCUACCCAGAGUGUCAAAGUGUUUGCGACGCAACCAGUGUGAGCAGGCAUUCAACUAGCACACAACGCACACACCCAUGACCCAGUUGCUCGUGUCUGCCAGCAGGACUGCAGAUGACGAGUAUGGCACUAGCAGUGCUGAGGAAAUGCGUCGGCCCAACAUCCCCUUCACGAGCAAAACACAGCCCAAGAGCGGCGGCAGGAAGGCGGCCAACGCCGGCAAGCCCCACCGGCUCGUUGAUGCACUCGGGAGCGACCCCUGGACAUCUGACAGCCAGCAUGCGAGCCGCGCAGCCGAGAAAGAGAGCGUCCAGCAGCUGCUGAUCGAGCAGGAACGACGUGAGAUAGACGUCACAGCCAAAAAGAAGGGCGACAGCAACACCCACACCAAGGCGCCUGAGCCUGCAGCACAGCAGAAAGGAGCCGCCAAGCCCAAGACCGAGACCCAGCCAAAGGGUGCCGCCAAGACGACGGCUGCAGGGGGGGUUGAUGGCGACACGGCAUGCAAGCUUCGGCAGCUCGUUGAGGCACUCAAGGGGAAUGGUGGCCCUCGGGAGAUCCUUGCCAUCCAGCAGGCCCGUCAGCUGCUGAAGAAGGCGGAGGAGCCCGUGAAGAAGGCAGCCAGGGAGGCCGGCAUGAUCCCGGCGCUGGUCAAGUGCCUGGCGGCCUUGAGUCGUCGACCCGACCAGUGCUUGGCAUCGUAUCGCCUUCAAGUCGAGGUGCUGACGCAGGUGGGCGACCUCGUCGGGAUUGGCACCCUCGUCGGAGGGCACCAGAAGCAAGUCGUGGACGCGGGUGGCAUCCCCAUCCUCGUCAAGCUGGUGUCCUCAAAGGACGGAGAUCUACUGCUGGCGGCGGCAUGGAUGCUUGGUCUGGUGACCGGCAGCCGCUCUGAGCAUCGCGACACUGUGCUGAAGGAGGGCGGCCUGUCGCCAUUGCUGCAACGGAUGGAAGACCUUACCCCCGAGGCCGACCCCCUUGGGAUGGUCCGUACUGCUGUUUUGGGCUUCGUUCGACACAACCAGCUCCCGCCCCUGCAGCUGAUGGAGCCAUCCCUGCCCCUGCUGGCACAGAUGGUCAACGGCAGCAGCAGCGCCGCGACGCUCCAUGUCGUAUGCGCGAUCGUCUUUGAGCUCAGCGAGGGAGGCAAUGACGACAUCGACGCAGUCGUUCGGAUGGGGGUCUGUCCGCGCCUGGUGGAACUCAUGAAGUGGACCUGUCCAGGCGACCGCUUUGAGAGGGAGUGUCAUGCGCUGGCAGUCAUGACUGUCAGAAACGUCGCCGGGGGUGAGCUCAAGGCGGCGGGGUACGUGCCUUCCUUGCCUGUGGUCUGUAUGCGCGCGUGCUUCUGUGUGUGUGCUUGCAGGUGCGAACCGGCACAGGGAUGCCGUGUUGCAAUGCGGUGCGCUCGCGCCCAUGCCGCAGCUGCUGACGUCAGGCGUCACGUACGCGUAUCGUGUGAUGGAGCCCGAAGACGCGAUCAGCGAGUUUGCAAUCCAGACCCUCGGCAACAUCAUGGCAGGUAGCCGUCGAGCAUGGACUCACACAGGCAGACAGACAGACAGACAGACAGACAACAGAGGGCUUAUGGCCUCACUUGUAUGUCUGUUCCCGCUGUCACCAGGCAACAGUAGCCACACACAGAAGGUCAUCGACGCGAAUUUGAUGCGGCCUCUUCUGAAAGCUCUGACCAGUGCUGGGCCAGCCGUGAAGAAAGAGACCGCGCGCGCUCUCGCCAACGCCACCGAACAGGUCAGCAGCAGCAACAGCAGACAAGGGGGCAGCGAACGGCAAGGAGUCAUCCUCUGUCUCGCCUCUUGUUUCCGUGUGUGCAGGUCCGUCAUUUGGGCAAGUGUGGGUUCGUCAAGUCGCUGUGCGAUGUCCUGAAGACCACCGAUGACGCCGACAUAGUCAAGAUGGUGCGUGGGGCCCUGCAGAAGAGCAUGCCGCACAGCAGAGAUGACAUACGGGCCGCAGUCCACCAACGUGAUAUGCCGGAUAAGGUAAACAUCGAAUGCACGGGAUAUUAUCAUCGUGUCGUGUAGCUGGCUCGUCGUGUUUUUAUCGAUUCAGGAGCGCCUCUUUCUGAAGAGCAUCCCCAACAAGGCCAGCAAGGCACAGGACUUCACCAAGUCACCAUCGUCGGCAGCCGAGUAUGCCGAGGCUCAGCGCAUCGCUGACGAGCUGAUCGAGGAGGAGCGGCGGGCAAAAUCGAAACAGACCAAGAAGAAGGGUGGGAAGGCCAGCAAAGGCAACAAGGUGCAGGAGCCUGCAGCAGAGGAUAUCGAUUCUUCUGGGCGCACCACUGCCGCAUCCAACAAGUGAGCAAGAGGACAAGAGGCCUGCUGAUUCUCCUGUAUGUGCAUUUCUGCCGUCGUGCGUGUGUUGUGUGUAUGCAGCCGAUCCUCCUUUACCAUCUACUAUGAGGAACUUCCGACACCGCCCUCUUCAUCCAGUGCAGACACGUGGGCGAGCGACGCGUAUUCACGUGCACCCAUCAAGUCAUUUCCCUCUUGUCUGCCUCGGUCCGCAGGAUUUCGCUUGCCCUCGCCGCUGCCAGCGAGCAGCAGGAUGGUCAGGCGGGUGUGUCGGCAGCUGGCCGAGUGGAGGAGAACGACAGCAACGGCGCCACCUGGGCCAAAAGAUGGCGCCGACGCAAGGACAAGAAGCGGCAGGGAGGCGAGGGGCCUCAGGAUGCCGGCGAGCCAUGUGAUGCGACGCUGGGUGGGGGUCUGUCCAUGGGCACUGAGGAUGUGCGAGCCCGGGAGGAGAUUGAUGCGGUGCCAAGAAGGUGAGAGAACGAUGGGCAGUGCACGAUAAACAUGUGGGUGUUUUUCUGAUGCGGGAGUGAGGAGAAGGAUUCUGACGAUGUGCUGAUGCCCAUGCCGUCAUCUUCGUCCAGUGCCCCUCCACCGGCCGCACAAAGGUCGGCCGACCAAUGGUGCACACGCGUCAUGAAUUCGUGCAGCUGAAUUGUAUCGCCUGGAUGCACACAUGUGUGCAGUUUGACUGUCGGCGAUGAGGAUCAUGAGCUGCAGCUGGCGAUUGCUGCAUCCCUGCACAUGGCUGGCCAUCCGUAUGAGGCCACACGGACGAGCAGUGACAGCAACGAUGAGGACGACUGGCUCAACUCGGCGUUCGCCCAAGGGGCGAAACGAAGCCUGGUUGGCCAGAAGAACAAUGGCCCUACUUCCAAGGCCACCCCGACGCCCCCUUUCCACCCGACCAAGGCAUUCCAUCCCAAGACUACCGUGACGGGCCGCCCUGCAGCUGCACCCGUGAUGGGCAUCACCGGCGUAGCAGCGGCAAGAAACCGUCACCGAUGCCCCAUGCUCUCUUCCCGCCCAUAGUCAAUGCCAACAGCACGACGCCGGCGUCGUCUGUGCGGCCGAAGGCGUCGAUGCCGAGUGUGUCUUCUCAGCGUCAUGGGCUUGACCUGUUCCCUCCCGCGCCCUCACCCCCACCCCCACCCCAACCUCUACCGCCAUGUGGUGCACGUGACUCUUCUCUGGCUUGGCUCCCGCCGCGGCCGUAAGUCACCCAUUGAUGGCAUAAACAGACAGUGGGUGGAACUGGGGCCUGGUUGUGUAUGUGUCUUUGUUCAGCGAGGGCCGGCCUCCUCUGCCAGCGCCCCAACACCGCGGCCCGCCGCCACUCGUCAGCCACCACAUGUAAGACCGGCAGGCAGGCAGGAAAUGGGCCCCAGUGCCAUAAUAUGAUUCAUGCUUUGUUAUGAUGUGCUUGUUAGGUCGUCACCCGGGUCCCUGCCAUCGGCUGCGCCACGAAGCCCGGCAUCCUACCAGCAGCCCAUCUGGCCCACUGGCCCAUCACCCUCCUACAGCCAGCUCAGCCAGCUGGAAGAAACGGUUGUCCGCAGCAGCCAGAGGGAGAGGUUGUUAGAGCUGGAGCUGGAACACACCAAGCGCAAGUGAGCCGACCAUCCAAUGCACAACAACAGACCUAUGUUUUGCAUGAUUCUCCCCGUAUCUUUCGAUUCAGGCUUGCUGAGAAAGAGGCUGUGCAGCAGCAGCAGCAGCAGCAGGACCAGCAUUAUCCCUCCCACCACCCCGCGUCAUCGAGCAGCUCAUCGGCCCCUCCCCCUCCCGCAGAUUGCGCUAUCUGCAUGGACGCGCCGGCGACCAUCAAGAUCAUGCCGUGUCGCGAGAUGAAGAUAUGUCCCCAGUGCUUCGACUUAGAAAAGGCGAGGUGGCAGGCGGAGGUGGCGCGAGUGCGGGCGAAGCGCACGAGGCUCAGGGAGGAGGGGGAGCCCCCUGAUCCAAAGCUGGCUGACGACCCAAAGUUCCUGUGCCCGUUUUGUCGCAAAGAGAUUGCAUUUGCGGGCACGGAGAGGGAGGCAGCCAAGUGGUCUCUCCGCAAUGUCACCGACUGACGUGUCAUAUUGAUCACACGGUGCAGCGGAUCAGAUGCAGGGGAGCUAGGGAGGGAGGGAGAGAGAGGAGAGCGAGGGCUGUUUCAGUGGGGCCUUCAAAGGCCGGGGAUGACAUGGUGGGGGCGAGAGAAGCGUUUUUCGUCUUGUCGGUUUGCGUCGGUCUUGUGAGGAUCUUAGUGUCAGCCAGAGAUUUUCGUCUGCUGCAUGUGCACACGCGCAGGCAUGCAUCCCCUGGGUGCACUGCCUUCCGAGCCAUGGGUCCAUCCAUCCAUCCUUUCAUCCAUCCAUGGAUAUAUAUUAAGAUACCUUUAUGUGGCUACCUACACACCGCUAUACUAUCCCUUGUUCAUGUUCAUGUCCUUGUGUGGGUGCACGAGUGUGUGCGCGUGUGCGUGCGGGUGUGGGUGGGGUCGUGUGCAUUUAAUAACUGUGGUUGUGGCAAGCAGAAGGCGUGUGAAUUUGGUCGCUUAAAUGGGACAACGGACACAUGGGAAAAACGCUAUGGGAGACCCUGGGCCCUGUCCCAUUUAUCCGACCCUCACAG